AUGAAUUCAUCCGAUACACCAAAUAAUUCAUCUGGUUUUAAAACUGGUUUAACAUGGGAUUUAACACCAUAUGAACAACAACGUAAACCACAUGAAUUAUUACAUGAUGAAGAAUUACUUAUAAGUCCAAAAUCUUUACAAAGUGAAUUAACAUGUCCAAUAUGUCUUGAUCUUUUACGUAAUACACGUACAACAAAAGAAUGUUUACAUCGUUUUUGUUGUGAUUGUAUUGAAACAGCAUUACGUAGUGGAAAUAAAGAAUGUCCAACAUGUCGAAAAAAAUUAAUAUCAAAACGAUGUUUACGUCGUGAUCAAAAUAUUGAUGCAUUAAUAUCAAAAUUAUUUCCAAUACGUAAUGAUAAUGAUGAUUUAUUAUUGAAUAAUCGUAAUAAACAUUCAAAAAAACCAAUACGUGCAAGUUUAUCAUCGGAUGAUGAACAACAACAACAACAACAAACAAAAGAAAAAAAGAAAAAACGUAUUUCAGAAUCAUCAUCAUCAGCUGGUUCAACACCAACAAUAAAUGAUAUUGAAUUACAACUUAAACCAUUAAAUAAUCUUAAUAUAUAUACAACAAGAAAAAUUUUAACACCAUUAAAUGCAACUAUAAAUCAUUUGUCGAAAUUUAUAAAUACAAGAAUGAAAAUUGAACAACAAAAUUCAACAUUUAUUGAACAAGAAUUUCAAUGGUUUAUUAAAAUAAAUGAUGAUAUACCUAUUGAAAAUACAUUGACACUUGAUAAAUUACUUGAACAAUAUUGGAGUCAUAUGUCUAAACCAUAUAAUAUUUUUUAUCGAGCAAUUUCUCAUUAA